AUGACUGACCGUCGUCCAGAUCAGCAAGAGAUGUCCAAAUCAAAGCGGGUCAAGACUGAUGGUCUCGACCCAAGGGCCAAUCCGUACCUGGCGCAUAAUUACGAAGAGGAGAGUUUCUACUCGGCGCAUGAUGGCAAUAGCAAUGGCAAUGGUGCUCGCACAGGACUGUCCGAAUUUAAGAGACAUGCUACGACGGCUGUACAGGCACACAAGGCCGAAGAUGGACCCAAUAACCCCUUCAACAACGCUCCUCUAUCAAACCAAUACUUCAACAUCCUCAAGACGAGACGAGAUCUUCCUGUUCACAAGCAAAGACAAGAGUUUCUCGAUAUGUUCCAUAAGACCCAAAUCCUUGUAUUCGUUGGAGAGACUGGUUCCGGAAAGACUACCCAGAUCCCACAGUUCGUACUCUUCGACGACCUACCCCAUUUCAACGGAAAGCUCGUCGCAUGUACACAACCCCGUCGAGUUGCUGCUAUGUCGGUCGCUCAGCGUGUGGCCAAUGAGAUGGAUGUGCGGCUUGGAGAGGAGGUCGGAUACAGUAUUCGAUUCGAGGAUGUCACUGGACCGAAGACGGUGCUCAAAUAUAUGACUGAUGGUAUGCUUCUGAGAGAAGCUAUGCACGACCACAACUUGACAAGAUAUAGCUGCAUCAUUCUCGAUGAGGCUCAUGAACGGACUCUGGCAACCGAUAUCCUGAUGGGUUUGCUGAAGGAGGUUGCGUUGAGACGCCCAGAUCUCAAGAUUGUUAUCAUGUCUGCUACGCUUGAUGCACAGAAGUUCCAGCGCUAUUUCAACGAUGCGCCCCUUCUUGCCGUUCCGGGAAGAACACACCCCGUAGAGAUCUUUUACACGCCAGAGCCCGAGCGAGACUAUGUUGAAGCUGCGCUACGAACAGUUCUUCAGAUUCACGCCACCGAACCCGAAGGAGAUGUGUUAUUGUUCUUGACAGGAGAAGAGGAGAUUGAGGACGCAUGUAGGAAAAUUGCUCUUGAAGCAGAUGAGAUGAUCAGAGAGACAGAUGCUGGACCAUUAAAGGUCUACCCUCUGUAUGGUACUCUGCCUCCUGCGCAACAACAACGAAUCUUCGAGCCAGCACCACCACCAUCAAGACCUGGAGGUCGGCCCGGACGGAAGGUCAUCGUAGGAACGAAUAUUGCAGAAACCUCCUUGACGAUUGACGGUAUUGUUUAUGUGGUGGACCCAGGUUUCAGCAAACAGAAAGUCUACAACCCACGUAUUCGAGUAGAGUCCCUUCUGGUCUCGCCUAUCUCUAAGGCUUCGGCGCAACAACGAGCUGGUCGUGCUGGUCGUACUCGACCUGGAAAGUGUUUCCGUUUGUACACCGAAGCUGCUUUCAAGAAGGAAUUGAUAGAGCAAACAUACCCCGAGAUUCUUCGAUCAAAUCUGGCAAACACGGUCCUGGAACUGAAGAAACUUGGGAUCGAUGACUUGGUACACUUUGAUCUUAUGGAUCCGCCAGCUCCAGAGACGCUUAUGCGAGCCCUCGAAGAGCUCAAUUACCUUGCCUGUCUCGACGAUGAUGGAGAUCUGACUGCUCUCGGCAAACUUGCCUCCGAGUUUCCCCUUGACCCAGCGCUCGCUGUCAUGCUCAUCUCCUCCCCAGAGUUCUACUGCUCCAACGAAAUUCUCUCGCUCACCGCCCUCCUAUCCGUCCCUCAAAUCUUCGUUCGCCCGGCUAGCGCAAAGAAACGCGCAGAUGAAAUGAAAGCCCUCUUCGCACACCCAGACGGCGACCACCUCACCAUGCUCAAUGUUUACCAUGCAUUCAAGGGCCCCGAGGCGCAGAGAGAUGUUAAAGGCUGGUGCCACACACAUUUCCUCAGUUUGCGAGCCCUCCAGUCCGCCGACAACGUUCGCCAGCAACUGAAGCGGAUCAUGGAGAAGUCUGAAUUGGACUUGGUCAGCACACCUUUCGACGAUAAGGAAUACUACACCAACAUCCGCCGAGCACUUGUCGCUGGUUUCUUCAUGCAGGUUGCGAAGAAGGACCCCUCUGGAAAAACUUACAAGACUGUGAAGGACGACCAGAGCGUUCUGCUCCAUCCUAGCACGGUUCUUGGCGUCGAUAGCGAGUGGGUUAUCUAUAACGAGUUCGUGCUUACCACCAAGAACUACAUCCGCAACAUCACCACUGUCAGACCUGAAUGGCUCUUGGACAUCGCACCCACUUACUACGAUCUCUCCACCUUCGCGAAGGGAGAAAUUAGGACCUCUCUCCAGCGAACAAUGGAAAAAGUCAAGCGCAAGCAAGCAAUGAAAGGCGGACGAUAG